AUGACGAGUCGUCUAAAACGCCAGCUCGACGAGCUGGGGGUCAAUACCUCAAGUUCCAAAGCCAAUGAGAAUUUCUGUCUGAUUGGAACACCUUUGCCACCUUUAACAAAGUCGAAGGAUACUGGAGAGUUCGUCCCCCUCUGGAAACAAGAAGUGCGCGACGAGAAGGGUCGAAGAAGACUCCACGGUGCGUUUACAGGUGGAUUUUCUGCUGGAUACUUCAAUACUGUCGGGUCAAAGGAGGGAUGGACUCCAAAAUCCUUUGUGUCGUCCCGUGGGGACAGGGCAAAGAGAGCCGAGGCAAAGCCCGAAGACUUCAUGGAUGAAGAAGAUCUACAGGAUCUGAAAGACAGUCGAAAUAUUGUCGAUACAACUGAAGAGAUGGACUUCCUGGGUGGUACCAGAGCUGAACUUCUAGGAAAAGAGGACGAGGAUGAUUCAAGCAAGGACCCGAUCACACGAGCACUCCAAGCAUCUAUGUUGCCGAUGGCUAAGGAUUCUGUUGGUUCUAAAAUAUUGAAAAAGAUGGGAUGGCGCCUUGGGCAGGGAAUUGGACCACGUAUCAGUCUCAAACAGCGCAAAGCUCAAGAUGCAUUGGCUGUUGAUGCGAAUACUGGCUCCAGGUAUCAAGGAACGACCCUCAAUAUUGCAGAUGACGACGACGAAGCCAACAAGCACACUUACGCUCCGCGUGAUACUCCGGUAUUGGCUGUCAAGAGAAAGGACAACAACCACGGCUUAGGAUAUACUCCUGGAUUGAGCUUGAAUGAUAGUUUGGGUAACAAGCCGGAAGAUAGUGGAAAAGGUCCCAAGUUGGCAGGUGGAUUCGGACUAGGGGCACUGAACGAUGCAGAUGAAGAUGAUUUAGACGUCUACGAUACUUCAAACCAUAACUCAAGGCGGCAACUUGCUUACGAUCAUGCUGAGGGUGAAGACGACGAUACCGUCAUUAUUGGACAUCGGUCAGAGAAACAAAAGAGACCUGCCGAGGCAACGCAACAAUCAUUUACUUCUCACUCCUUUCGUGACGGUAGACCGGUUCUGGCUGGAUUCGUAUUAUCAGAUGAGCCCGUUGCCGAGGACAGAUGGUUUCCGGUUCCUGAAGUACCCUCGGAUUGGGUUCCUAAUCCGCGAAAGUUGUGGGAUUCAGAGAAAGAAAAUCUAAAACCAUCCGAAAGUGAACCUCAUACACAUGGAAGGAAAUUAAGGACACCAAAUCAAAGGGGAGAGAUACUCGGGGAAGUCUCGCUCCCAUCAGUACCUCGUUCUGUGUUCGACUACAUGUCACAAAAAGACAGAGAAAGGAUCAAAUCUAUUGCUUCUUCACUGGCCGCAGGGGCUUCUACUGAGCCCGAUCGAUCUUUCCUUCCCCCACCAACCUCUGGCUCAAAACUUGAGCCACAUAUCGCGCAAGCAGCCCUUCGUGGAUUCCAACCUUUCACCGCCAACCCAGCAAAGCAAGCACGGUAUAACACUUAUUUGCAAUCCCAAGCAAACCCUGAUGGAUCGAGUCCUUCCUUGAAACCUAUGCCGGGCCAAAAUGCUGAAGAGUUCACGAAAGAAAUCGAAGACUACGCUAAAGCAGCGUCACUCUUCAAACCGAUUUCUGGCGCUAUGGCUGGCCGGUUCACCAGCGCUGCUGUAAUUGAUCUGGGCCCCAAAAUCCAUGAAGGACUUCAUACACCGUCCCACGAAGACAUUGCAGCAAAAGAGGCUCAAAGACGAAAAGAAGAAGAGGAUAAAGUCAGCCCCAAAGUACAUGCUGCCCAUGCUAAUAUGUAUGGACAGCUUACACGCGAGAGAAAACCAUGGCUGCCUGCUAAACUUCUGUGCAAACGUUUCGGCGUCAAAGAGCCUAAUCCGGAACCAGAGAUGCCUACAGGACCCGUUCCGAGUUCGAGCAAAUUCACUGCAUCGUUCACUGUGCCAGGACAAGGCCAAACACCCGCUUCUCAAGCUUCUUAUGCUAAGCCAGGCGAUGGGGGUAUAGAGGAUGAAGCCGUUGGGGAUGACGAAACACUUAUACAGGAGAUGCCUACCUAUGAGCGACCAUCUAUGGAUGUUUUCAAGGCGAUUUUUGCCAGUGACGACGAAGAUUCUGAUACGGAGGAAGACAAUGAUCAGCAAGAUAUACCAGCGGCACCGACGAACUCAGGUACUGGAUUCAAGUCGGCUAGAAGUAUUGUUGAAGAUGGUCCCAUCGAUAUCGACACUUUCAAGCCCAAAUUCAUUCCACGUGAAGGCAAGGCAAAGAAAAACGACAACGAAAACAAUGCAAAGGAAAAGAAGGAGAAGAAAGAAAGAAAAGAAAAGAAAAAGAAAGACAAAAAGAAUGUGUUGGUUUCUUUUGAAAUGGAUCAGGAUGCAGACGACGCUUCAGAGGUGAAGCAAUCCAAAGAUCGGCCGAAGAAGAAACGGAAAACGCCCAAUGAAACGGAAGAGAAAGAAGAACACACAGCGAUGUGGGAAGCCGAUACUGCAGGGAUUGUCCCUCCUUCCAUUGUCGCACCAUCAGAUGUUUCUAUUUCGUUUGCCUCUGAUGCAGGUUCUAAAAGUCGGAAGCGUGCGAUAGAUUUCAUGUAA